UCCCAAAUUUUAUCAGAAAAAUGGGUAAAUGAUCAGAAAAUCCUGAUCCCAUUUACACCUGUGAAGCUGUCUACUGUACCUCGUACGUGUAGGCUUGGCCUUACUCGGUCGCUGGGUCAGCGGGUUGGACCGAGUUGGACACAAUCCCAGUCCCUCGGCUCGCCCCUCGACGGGCGCCCCCACGCCCCCACGUGCAGCACGGUGGCGGUGCAGCCAGACGGAAAUUCUCGGCCAAGUUCAAAAGAAGGGGUGGGGUGGGAAGCGCUCUUCCAGUCGACUGGCCUUGACAGGGUAGCUCAUGUGUGGUGCCCCAGUGCCGAGAGCCCUGCCGGACUCCCAGCGGAGCGCGCAGCGUUGGCGCAAGGCAGGCCAGCGCCUGCGUGUCGAGAGGCAGGCAGACUCGCCACUCACCAGUGUACCAGUGUCGCAGUGUUGCCUACCCUGGCGCCAGCAGGCGGGGCAGGCGAGCCCUCUCUCCUCAUGAAACGGACCCUGCUGCUGCUGCUGCUACUGAUGGCGCUGCAGUCCCUCAUCGUCACCACCGCGGACACCGCCACCACCAACCACCAACCUCCAGGAGAGACCCUUCCCUCAAUGUGCGGGCAGAGGCGGAGCAACGCGCCCACAGGAGCAGAAGGCCAGAGGAGCAGGCGAGUGCGCUGUGCCCCCCGAGAAGAGCUGCCACCAGAGUUGAAGCACCAGUACACCUCGGACCAAGUCGUUGGAAUUGUUCAAGACAUAAAGCACAGGCUGGGCCAUCUUCAAGUUCCCAGUCUGGAGAAGCAGAGAAAGAGCAAAGGACGUCGUCGCCCUCCAAAGCAGCCUAAAGGAAGAAAAUGAGUGGGUACUAGUUUGGUUUAAAAUGUUGUUUGA